GAAUUGUAGUUUUGGCGUGUUUAAUGAGCGGCGUUCUGCUAAAAAGACCGGACUCGACAAGUUCUAGGCAAUAUGGGGAAACAAAGCUGGUAAAAAGAAACUGCACCGUUUCUUGGGCCUUGGUCCCGGUGUUGCCUUUUGUUACUCAGGCAUAAGAUACCAUUCUGGAGGGCAGGGCCAAGGCUUGCCCCGCCCCUCAACGGAGAGCGCGCCCUCAUGCAAAAUGGAGCCUAGAAGGCUUCAGACCUGGUAUAGCGCUGAUUGGUUGAGGGCCGGAGGGCUUCCGGGAGGUCCCAGUCCACCGUCUGACGGCUGAGAAGAGUUUGCACGUGGAUCGUCGUUCGAGUGGGCUAGAUGGAGACAGCCCCCGAGCCGGGCAGCGAUGUUCCGCCCAAGAAGGGCAAAUUUCAGGCCAAGAAGAAGAAAGUGCGGCGAUACUGGGAGGAAGAGGCCACACCGACCGCUGCUGGAGUCUCUCUAGGGCUCCCUCGUAACAAGAAGAGGAAUCGAGAGCUCCGCCCCCAGAGGCCAAAGAACACUCACACCCCAAACAAGUCUCACAUCUCCAAGAAGCCCCAGGUCCCGAAGAAACGCCGAGAACGGAGGAAUCUUGAGCCUCAGCGGAGCUUGUCCGGGGCCCAGGACCCAUUCCCAGGCCCCGCCCCUGUCCCCGUGUCUGUGGCUCAGAAGUUCCGUCGCAUUGACAAAUCCAGAAAGCUGCCACCUUCUAAAUCCAAAACCAGAAGCCGACUUGAGGUGGCUGAAACUGAGGAAGAGGAAAUAAGUGUCAAAGCUGCUCGUUCGCAGCUGCUGCUUGCUGAGGAACCUGGGUUUCUGGAAGGUGAGGAUGGAGAAGACACAGCGAAGAUAUGCCAGGCAGACAUUGUGGAGGCUGUGGACAUUGCAAGUGCAGCCAAGCACUUUGACUUGAAUUUGCGGCAGUUUGGACCCUACCGGCUGAAUUACUCUCGAACUGGGAGACACCUGGCUUUUGGAGGGCGCCGGGGUCAUGUGGCCGCCCUUGACUGGGUGACAAAGAGGCUCAUGUGUGAGAUCAAUGUCAUGGAGGCAGUGCGGGACAUCCGGUUUCUGCAUUCUGAAGCACUGCUUGCUGUCGCUCAGAAUCGCUGGCUUCACAUCUAUGACAACCAGGGAAUUGAGCUCCAUUGCAUCCGCCGCUGUGAUCGCGUCACACGGCUUGAAUUUCUGCCUUUCCACUUCCUCCUGGCCACAGCUUCAGAAACAGGGUUUCUGACCUACCUGGAUGUGUCAGUGGGGAAGAUUGUGGCAGCUCUGAAUGCUCGGGCUGGACGGCUCAAUGUCAUGACCCAGAACCCUUAUAAUGCUGUCAUCCAUCUGGGACACAGCAAUGGUACUGUGUCUUUAUGGAGCCCAGCUGUGAAGGAGCCACUGGCAAAGAUUCUCUGUCACCGUGGUGGGGUCCGGGCUGUGGCAGUAGAUUCUACAGGCACGCACAUGGCCACCUCUGGUCUGGACCACCAGCUGAAGAUCUUUGACUUGCGAGGGACUUUCCAGCCUCUGAGUGUCCGGACCCUGCCCCAGGGAGCAGGGCACCUGGCCUUUUCCCAGCGGGGACUGCUGGCUGCGGGAAUGGGUGACGUGGUCAACAUAUGGGCAGGGCAGGGCAAGGCCAGCCCACCCUCCCUGGAACAGACCUACCUUACCCACCGGCUCUCAGGCCACGUGCAUGGCCUUCAGUUUUGCCCCUUUGAAGAUGUGCUGGGAGUGGGGCACAGUGGGGGCAUCACCAGCAUGCUAGUCCCUGGGGCUGCUGAGCCUAAUUUUGAUGGCCUAGAGAGUAACCCAUACAGGAGCCGAAAGCAACGCCAGGAGUGGGAGGUGAAGGCCCUGUUAGAGAAGGUACCUGCAGACCUCAUUUGUCUGGAUCCACGAGCCCUGGCAGAGGUUGAUGUCAUCUCUUUGGAGCAGGAAAAGAAGGAACGGAUAGAGAGGCUGGGCUAUGACCCAGAGGCCAAGGCUCCCUUCCAGCCAAGGCCCAAGCAGAAGGGCCGCAGCUCGACAGCAAGCCUGGUGAAGAGGAAGAGGAAGGUCAUGGAUGAGGAACACCGGGACAAAGUCCGGCAGAGCCUUGAGCAGCUGCAGAAACAAGAAAAAGCAGCCAAGCCCAUGGGAGUUCGGCCAUCUGCCCUGGACAGAUUUGUGUGCUGAGCCAGGUUCCAGAGUGGCCUGAGAACAACAGUCUCCCCUAAAGAUCACCUGUGGUUAAAUGACCCUGUUCCCUGGAAGGAGGAGGGGGCAAGUGUCCCUUCCCCAACUGGGAGUGGACAACUAGCUUCUGGGGUGGCUUGGUAUUAAAGAGGAAGUUGGGUUUUCUGGAUAAUGUA